AUAAGUCUAACCUCGGAUUUAAAUCCAACCGUCACUUUUUGCCAAACUUACUUUUCUACAUUUUACAUUUUAUUACAUUUACACAGAAUUUCAACACGUGCAGAUAGUGGCAACAAAUAUUUUAUUAGUUUUAUCACUCCUUUUAAAUCCAAAAACAAAAAUGGAGGACAGUUUUGAUGAAGAUGAAUUUGAUUCACUUGUUAAUCCAAGUCCAACUUUCAAAAAGAAAGGAAAGGAAGUUAAACGAAAACCUAUAUCACGAUUGGCUCUAAAGAAGACACUAAGAAGAUCUUCAAUAUAUGACAAACUACCACAAUCUGUUGAGAAUUCUAAUCUUAACAUGGUUGAUGCUGCAUCAACUGAAUGUUCAAGUAAUUCAUCAUCUGUGCCUCCCACAAAACCUGUUAAACCAAGAAAAGGGUUUAUUAUUCUAAAUAAUACUGCAUCAACAUCAUUAAUUCAGUCAAAAGAUAAAAAGUUUACAGACAAUAUAAUUAUUAAUGAUUCUAAAUCAUCUACUGAAUCAAACAAUAAAUCCUCAGUGCAAGUAAUUGAGGAAACUGAUGAUGAGGCAGAGAAAGUAAUUCCUGCUACUGCUGAAAACAGCCCAGUAAAAAAUAUUCAAAGCCCUUCCAAGUUAAAUAUUAAAGCUGUAAAACAAAACGACCUUUUAAGUGAAACUAAAUUUGAAUCAAUCAGAAAUUGGGUCCAAAGUGUUGCCAGAGAAGAUGAAAUAUAUUCAAUAAAUACUGAUUGUGAGCCUGUAAAAAAGCCCGUGAAUCUUGUAAAAACAAAGACAGCAGUAAAUUCUACAUUUGUAAUGGACAAAACUUGUGUUCCAUUUGAUCAAUGGAUGAAAGGUGCUUACAAAACAGACAGAGCUAUGAAAGAUUUAAAGAAACAAGUUAAGAUGACACCUGAUAAAGAGAAUAAAACACCACUGCCAGAAACACCCAAUCAAUUAAUGAAGAAAUAUUUGGGUAGUGAUGUAGUAAAAAAUCUUUUAAUUGAUGACAAUUCUUCAAAUGAGAAAAUAAUACCAACUAUGACAAAGUCAGGUAAAAAGAGUGAUGAUCUUAUUAUAAUUGAUGAUAUUGAACCAGUAAUGACAAAUAAGACUGCAAAAGAUGUGAUAAAGAAAGCAGAAGUUAAAUCUAGGAAAACUAAAUCGGUUGGAGACAAAAACAAAAAGAAUCUUUUGAAGACUCCAAAAUCGAAACAAAUUGUUGAGUCUAGUAAAAUCGACUUUAAAGGGGAUGUUGCUAAUGCCGAUGUUAACGAUGUUGUUAUUACUCCAGUUAAACAAAUGAUAAACAGAAAUGACGAUGUGGCUAAAUUGUUAGACACGUUAUAUGGUAAUUCUUGGCACAAAAAUAAAGACCAAGUAUUUUCGGAACCAAGACAACCCAAGAAAAUUCAGAUUAAUAAACUUAAGGAGCCUCGCACUGAAAAGAAACCUCAGCGCGAUUUGCUCUACCAAAAUCCGUACUUGGACAGUGAAAAGCAAAAAUCGACAAGUUUGCUAAAGUCCUUGCAAAAGCAACGAAUUCAGGCAAAUAUUGAGUCUCCGUUUGCACGUCCGAAAAUCGUAGAUGAUGACACUCCUUCUCCGGGAAGUAACGCAAAUAAGAAAACAACAAAAGAUAGUAGUAAUAACAGUACAGAAAACAAAAGCAUUGAGAGCAAAGACUUCAUCUCGGAUUCAUCUGAUAAUGAACUUAGUUUGGAUGAUCGACUUAAAAAAAAACAUCUAUCAAAACCAACAAAACUCUCAUUCACUGAUGCUUCAGAAACGAAAACAUCACCAAUAUUAGUAAAGAAACCACAUAGAAGAAUUAUAAAUAUAUCUGAUAGUGAUAGCGAUAGUGAUUCUAAAGCAACACCCGAUCAAGGUCCGGUAAAAUCGAAUACUAGGAAAAGUUCACAGUCUUCUUCUAGUACAAACUCUAAUCAUUCGGAUUAUAAAAAACCCACGCGUAUUACCCGACCGAAAAACAAAACUGAUAAAAACACGGACGAUUUAAUUGAUAGAAUUGAAAAUAUUACGAUUGACGACGCAUCAAUUGACUCCGGUUCAGAUUCCGAUGAUUUUAUUAUUGCCCCGAAAAAAGGUUCACUGAUUAACAAAACUAAACCACAACAAACACCCAAAGUACACAGUUUUCUUGCUUCAUUAUCAAAGGGCAUUCCUGAUGAAUUAAGUGAUCCAAGCGCGUUGAUUUAUAAAAACUUUAAAAAACAUCGCGACGCGUUGACUAAAAAACUCUUUGAUAUGUUCAAUGAAAAAAUCUUUGACAAGUCCAUACCAACAGACACACCGAUAGAAUGGAGCGUUCGUAUGACUGGUACGGCUGGUUUGUGUGGAUGCAUGCGGAGAACACAUCGCGAUGGCAAGAUAACCCGCACUGUGCGUCUGAAACUUUCCACCAAGGUUCUAGACUCGGCGGAUAGGCUCCGUGACACUUUGGUGCAUGAGAUGUGUCAUGCUGCGACUUACCUUGUUAAUGAAGUGUCUGAUGGACAUGGACGAUAUUGGAAAGCCUGGGCAGCGAAAGCAAUGCGUGCUUUUCCGGAACUUCCGGCUAUCACACGUUGUCAUUCGUAUGCGAUUAACCACAAGUACACUUAUAAAUGUUUGAGUUGUGGCUAUAGUUUUGGCAGGCAUUCGAAGUCAUUGAAUAUCGAACGGAAGAGAUGUGGGUAUUGCUACGGUGAAUUUGAGGUGUUGAUAAAUAAGACGGGCCAAGGUGGUGAUAAGAAGAGUGUGCCGUGCACACCGAAAAAAGAACCAACCGGAUUUGCCAAGUUUGUUAAAGAUAACUACGCGUUGCAUAGGUCCCCAGGCGUUAAUCAUAAAGAUGUGAUGAAGUUACUUGGAAAAAAGUAUGCUGAGCUUAAAAAUGACAAAGGAGAAAUUCAAUAAUUGAUGUUUAUGUGUAUGUUAAACAUUUUAUUUUAUUUUAUGUGCUUUAUAUUUAUAGAAUUUUUAUGCUGGUGUAAAAAUGUAAUGAUUUUAAUCGGUUUUUAAAAUAAAAAAUGAUUGCAAUUGACUAAAUAAA